GAACCGGCACUCUGCAGUUCUCUGUGCAGAUAGGGAAGUUGCACGGUGUGGGUGGAGGGUGCCUUGCAGAGGGCAAACCUCAGUGUGACUUUGGGUCAGAUACUCUAACGAGAGCCUCAGCUCCCUGUCCUCUGAAUGGCCUCUGUGAAGCCGGCUAACGCAUGCUCAGUGCCUGUUGUGUGUCGGCUCACCGUAGGCAGUCAGCUAGUGGUUUGGGGUGCUCAGGUAAGGGAAAUCAGAUGCUUUCUUGCUUUAUAAAGGUGAAGUCAUCUGACAGGUGUAAACAGCUGCCUGUGGCCAGCUCUGUGCCGCGUGCAGGCUUUUGGAGGUGAAGAGGGGCCAGACAGAUGCCAUAUUGGGGUCUGGAAGGACAGAGGAGCGACCACAGAGGGGGGCACAGUCUGAUCCUUGGGGCCAGGAUGAAGCCCUGGGACUUGAAGGGGCUCCAGACCAUCGGAGGAUUCAAAGCCAUAGGGAAGCGAGACCUAGAGUGGCACAGUUGGCUAUGGGGCCUGGAGUGCCGGACCCACCAACACCCAGGGUGCAUAUGGAACUGGUGUGGCCAGCUGGCAAGUUCCUUCCGCUUCCAGUCAUUUGACUCCUACGACUCCAGGCCUUGUCUGCCUGAGCACAAUCCCUACCGUCCCAGCUAUAGCUACAACUAUGACUUUGACCUGGGACCUGACCGCAAUGGUGGCUUUGGCAGUCAGUACAGUGACUGUCGGGACCCUGCCCGUGAGCCCCGCUCCCUCGAUGGCUUCAUGCGGGGCCGGGAUCAGGGCCGCUUUCAGGAUCGGAGCAACGCUGGCACCUAUAUGCGCAGUGACCCCUUCAUGACAUCAGCGGCCUCCUCCCAACCGCUGUCUGCUCCCUGGACAGAGCUCAACUAUGUGGGUGGACGGGGCCUGGGAGGCCCCUCUCCCAGCAGGCCCCCACCUUCCCUCUUCUCCCAGUCUAUGGCCCCCCAGUCCAUGGCCCCCAACUACGGAGUGAUGGGCAUGCAGGGGGCUGGAGGUUAUGAAAACUCUGUGCCCUACCGAUGUGGCCAGUCACAGACCCGGAUGAGGGAUCGGCCCAGGUGGAGAGGCUUUGACCGCUGCGGCCCAGAUGGCAUGGGCAGGAAACGGAAGCAGUUUCAAGGCUAUGACGAGCCGGAUGCCAAACAGGCCCGGGCUGACAGCGAAGGAGAUUUUUCCGAGAAUGACGAUGGAGCUGGUGACUUCCGGUCAGGAGAUGAAGAAUUCAAGGGUGAGGACGAAUUCUUGGAUCCCGGGAGGCAGAGAGGUUUAGCCAACCCUCUGAGGUCUUCUCACUGCUUGUUUAUUGAAGCGGUCAUGUUUGUAGCAUGGGGACACACAACAUUGAGCAGCUCGUGCAGCGGGGAAAAUGCUAAAGCAAAGGAUGACGAGGAUGAUGAGAUGAAGAAGAGGAAGGAGAAACAAAGGAGAAGAGACAGGCUGCGAGACCGGGCAGCUGACAGGAUUCAGUUUGCCUGUUCCGUGUGCAAGUUUCGGAGCUUUGAAGAUGAAGAAAUCCAGAAGCAUCUGCAAAGCAAAUUUCACAAAGAGACACUACGGUUUAUAAGUACCAAACUGCCUGACAAGACGGUGGAAUUCCUUCAGGAAUACAUUGUAAACAGGAAUAAGAAGAUUGAGAAGCGACGUCAGGAACUGAUGGAGAAGGAAAGCGCAAAACCAAAACCAGAUCCUUUCAAAGGGAUUGGCCAAGAGCACUUCUUCAAGAAGAUCGAGGCUGCUCACUGCCUGGCCUGCGACAUGCUGAUCCCUGCGCAGCACCAGCUCCUCCAGCGGCACCUGCACUCGGUGGAUCACAAUCACAACCGCCGGUUGGCUGCUGAACAGUUCAAGAAAACAAGUCUCCAUGUGGCUAAGAGUGUUUUGAACAACAGACAUAUAGUGAAGAUGCUGGAAAAAUACCUCAAGGGUGAAGACCCUUUCACCAAUGAAGCCGUUGAUCCAGAAAUCGAAGGAGUUGACAAUUUAGGAGGCGAUGAUAAGGAAGAGACACCUGAGGAGGUGGCCGCAGAAGUGUUAGCUGAAGUGAUCACAGCAGCGGUGAAGGCAGUAGAAGGGGAAGGAGUGCCCACUCCAGAAAGUAUUGAAAUGCCGGCUGAAGAGGAAAGCCCCAGGGACAGCACAGGGGCCACCAGUGGUCCCCAUCCUGAACAGCCGCCAGAAGCAGACACUCACUGUGGAAUGGCAUCUGGGAAGGGGGACGCGGACGCAGAGGCCGGAAGUGGAGGUGCCCAGGCUGGGAGCCCGGACGCAGAGGCCGGAAGUGGAGGUGCCCAGGCUGGGAGCCCAGAUGCAGAGGCCGGAAGUGGAGGUGCCCAGGCUGGGAGCCCAGACGCAGAGGCCGGAAGUGGAGGUGCCCAGGCUGGGAGCCCGGACGCAGAGGCUGGAAGUGGAGGUGCCCAGGCUGGGAGCCCGGACGCAGAGGCCGGAAGUGGAGGUGCCCAGGCUGGGAAUAAGGUUGCAGAGGCGGAAGGUGAAACAGAGGCAGAAGGCACUGUAACAGUCCCUGUUCCUGCUCCAGCUGCCACAGAAGCUGCAGUGGACCAAACUGACGCAGAGUCCAAAGACGUCACUCCCACAGAAUGAGCCUCCUUUCCCUGUUUCAAGGGAUGUGUUAUAUGAUGCAUUGAUCUUUGGUUUGUAAGUAGUACUAGGGUGUGUGUUACUGGAAUAUGCUGAAAACAUUUUGGUGAAGAGACCCAGCUCUUUCCUUCAGAAAAACGUACCUCAUGGGCUUGUCUUAGAGUUGUGUGGCUUUCUGCCUUGGUUUGAAAGCCACAGAAAUACAUUCCCCCAAGCAGCUGUGGAAUAAUAAGAGUUGGGCAAUUAGAUUUUGAUACUUUGCUUGUUAAGAAUGCCCUUCCUUUAUUAUUAUUAUUAUUUUGUCUGGGAGCAGCUCAUUACUACUAGGAUAUAUCUUACUUUAUAAAGAUAUUUUUUUUAAAGUUUUAAGAAUUUGCUUUGGCUUUAGUUUUCGACCUCUGCUUUUAUAGCUCACUGAAUGGGGUGCGAUUCUCACAAGAAGUGGCAGAAUCUUGUUAACGUGAUCCUCGUCCUGACACAUCAGUGAACUCCGACAAAUGCACCACUGGAAGCACCCCCAGUGGUCUCUCAAGACUAAGGACACUUUGCCUCAGGCACUGUUUCCAAUCUUUAAUCCUUGGAGAAUUACCUUCAGAAUUGAUCUCAUGUGUUCCACCUCUGCAUUACUUUAGGGCCUUUUUUUAAAAUCAAGUUACUUUCUCUUAAAUGUAAUAAAAAAAAAAACUUGAUGUUCCUCCCGUGAAUGGAAAACCAAUAUAAAUCGCCACAGAUAUGAUGCUAUCUGUAAGAAAUUAAUAAAAUGAAGUAAACAUUUCAUUUUAAAUAUUCUUCCUUUGGAGGUUCUGAGUCUGAGAAAGGAAAGGUAGCAUGUGUUACAGUGUAGCAAGCGCUAGUUACAUGUUCAUACAAUCAAAAGAAUUGGAAGAGACCUACCUUUUGAAAUGAUAUUGCUGGGUCUAUUGCCCUGUAAACUUUUGAACUGUCAAAUUUGAGGACGCAUUGGCCAGUGGGAAAUGAUUUUAAAAGAGGUAGUAAAAAUAUUUGAUGAGCAUCUACUGUGUACCAGGUGCUAAUAAGAGAUGAGCACUGCUCUUAAGGAGCCUUACUAGAGAUGUAAGAUGAAUAUUUAUGAAAAAGUCUACAUUAGAACUAAAUAAACUGUUCAAUAAGCAAGAAAA